GUAACUGCCAUUUUCUAUUUUCCUUCACAUGUUGCAUCAUAACUAAAAAAAUUAAUGACCGUUUCUUUUGCGUCCUCAUUGACGACAACACACACAAACCUCUCUCCCUUUUUUUCUCCUCUUCACAACACUCUUUUCUUGAUUUUUAUACGCAUUGGCUCAAUUUUGAGUCUGAAUCUCGUGAUGGAGAAGAGUGUCAUCAUGUUUGGGAAAAGCGAGUCCCCGAGAUUACCGACUAGGCUGCAGAGGCAAGCUCCCGCGGCUCUGAAUCUUGGUCGUGUUCCCGAGAAUCCCUUUCUGCAGCAGUCUGGUGAUGAGGUUGCAGGUGCACCUAUUCCUCUGCUUUCACCUCUCUUUGUGUCUCCAAAUUCGCACUCUUCUCUUCCUAGAGAAGGGCAAGUAAAUCCAAACUCGCAAGCUUCUCCCACUAGAGAAGGGCACGAUUUUACGUUUCCGGUGAGUCUUACUGAAAAGAAAGGAUCUCAGCCUUCGAUGGACCACAAAAUAGAGUGGCAACAUUCGGCUAAGGGCGACCACAGUGACCAGAUGAGUCUCUUAAAUAUGUUUCAGACCAAGUUCCUGCUUGUAGAUCAUCCACAGUGAGGGUUUUAGCAUUAACCCAUGGUCUCUUGAUGUUUUUCAAUAGUUUUCUUGUUAACCCAUUUUCUCAAGAUGCUGUUAUAAGAUAUUAGCUAGAUACAACUGUAAGCAAGAUCCAGUUUUUGGGAAGUUAAUUUUCCAUUGCGU